GUAAACUACUGUGUCUCUUCCAGCAUCAUCAGUCUCCACCAUCCCUCCUCUUCAACCUAAACCCACACAAAACUGGACUCUAUUUCCCUCCUUCGACUCAUAUAUAUCACCGGAUAUCAGUAUGUCUGACAAGAGUGAGCUGAAGGCUGAAUUGGAGAGGAAGAAGCAACGGAUCGCCCAGAUUCGAGAGGAGAAGAAGAGAAAAGAAGAGGAGAAGAAAAAGAAGGAUGGAGACUCAAAGCGUGGAGCCGAGGCGGGCGGUGGGUCCUCAGGUGGCCAUGAAGACUCUGACCUGGAGAGGAAGAGGAGGGAGGCGGAGGCGCUGCUGCAGAGUGUCGGCAUCACCCCUGACAUACCCCAUGCUCAGCCCCUGAGGGUAGUAACAGAGGAUACGUGUCUGUUUCACUACCUAGUCCCCGCCCCCAUGUCUCCCUCCAACAAAUCAGUGGGCAGCGAUGCAGGAAGCCAAGAUUCUGGGGAUGGAAACGCAGGACCAAGGACAUUGCAUUGGGAUCCUGACCCCUCUACUCUGCAACUCCACUCCGACUCUGAGAUGAUGGGACGUGGAGCGGUGAGGCUGGGCAUGUCCAAAAUGACCCAGGUGGACUUUGUCCCAAAGGAAAUGGUGUCCUACUCCAAAGAAACACAGACACCCACUGAGGCAGUGACACACACCGAUCAGAAACCAGAUGAGGAAGAGGAUGAGGAGAUAACUGAUCCACCAGCCGAGGAUGCCCAGGAGGAGAAAGAUGAACAUGGCGAACAGCAGGAGGAGGAUAUUCCCAAAGAGCUGACAGAAGAAGAGAAACUGCAGGUCUUGCACUCCGAGGAGUUCCUGUCGUUUUUCGAGCGAGGCAGCAGAAUUGUGGAGAGAGCUCUUGCUGAACAUGUGGACGUCUGCUUCGAUUACAGCGGCAGAGAUCUAGAGGAUAAGGAGGGUGACUUGCAGGCAGGUGCAAAGCUGGUUCUGAACAGACAGUUUGCAGAUGAGCGCUGGACUAAAAACAGAGUGGUCACCUGUCUCGACUGGUCCCCUCAGUAUCCAGAGCUGCUGGUGGCCUCGUAUAACAACAACGAGGAUGCUCCCCAUGAGCCUGAUGGCGUGGCACUGGUCUGGAACAUGAAGUACAAGAAGGCCACACCAGAGUACAUCUUCCACUGCCAGUCUAUGGUGAUGUCAGCCGGAUUUGCAAAGUUCCACCCCAACCUGGUGGUGGGUGGGACGUACUCCGGACAGAUUGUCUUAUGGGACAACAGGAGCAACAAGCGCACCCCUGUUCAGAGAACUCCCCUGUCUGCAGCUGCACACACACACCCAGUCUACUGUGUGAAUGUGGUGGGAACCCAAAAUGCUCACAACCUCAUCAGCAUUUCCACUGAUGGCAAAAUGUGCUCUUGGAGCCUCGACAUGCUCUCCCAGCCGCAGGACAGUCUGGAGCUGGUGUUCAAACAGAGCAAAGCGGUGGCAGUCACCUCCAUGGCCUUUCCUCUGGGGGAUGUCAACAACUUUGUGGUGGGGAGUGAGGACGGCUCGGUCUACACAGCCUGUCGCCAUGGGAGUAAGGCGGGUAUCACUGAGGUGUUUGAGGGCCAUCAUGGUCCUGUGACUGGGCUGAGCUGUCACAGUGCUGGAGGACCUGUUGACUUCUCUCACCUCUUCAUCUCCUCGUCUUUUGACUGGACCGUCAAACUCUGGAGCACAAAGAGUACCCGUCCAUUGUACUCGUUUGAGGACAGUUGUGAUUAUGUCUAUGAUGCCAUGUGGUCUCCGACACACCCUGCUCUGUUUGCUUGUGUGGAUCUAGCUGGACGCCUGGACCUGUGGAACCUUAAUAAUGAUACGGAAGUAUGCAAACACACAAUGCACUGAAACCUAAAACCUUAA